AUGGCCGAGUUUCCUCGUCGUGUGACCCCUACAGGCUGGAUUGCACGAACACUGGUGGAUGUCAAGGCUAUCGUUGUAAAGGAGGCAGAGAAGGUCUCGUCAUUAGAUCUAACGACCAGGCUUCUUCGAUGUCAGCAAGAUUUAGCAACGAGAGAACGAGAAGGUCAUCCAAAGGGACGUUAUGGGAUCACAUUACCCCACCCAGACCCAGACCUCGGCGACGGUGGUCACUGGUCACGAAACAUAAGUGACCCGUGGAUGACAAUUCCCAAAAACCCACCAAAAUAA